GUGUUUUCCCGGGGAAUGCCGGCAGGGAGGCUCGUGAGCCGGCCCCCAGACGACUCCAUUCCGCCCAGCUUCCCGGCGCCGCACUCCCCGGGGCAAGCCCGCCUCAGACCGCCGGAGAGCGCGACGGCCAUCUUUGUGCGGGGCGGCCGGCGCCCGCGCGCGCCCCGUGCCCACGGCCAUCCUUGUGCGGGGCGCUUCCGCCCGCGGCGCCGCGGGGAAUCCGCAGUCGGGCCGCUGGCGAUGGAGCGCCUUCGCCUGUGGCUGCUGUUGCUACUCCUGUCCCCGGUGCAGGGCCGCCAAAAGGAGUCAGGUUCGAAAUGGAAAGUAUUUAUUGAUCAAAUUAACAGGUCUUUGGAGAAUUAUGAACCAUGUUCAAGCGAAAACUGCAGCUGCUACCAUGGCAUCAUAGAAGAGGACCUGACUCCUUUCCGAGGAGGUAUUUCCAGGAAAAUGAUGGCAGAGGUAGUCCAGCGGAAGCUCGGGACCCACUAUCAGAUCAUUAAGAACAGGUUAUACCGGGAAAAUGACUGCAUGUUCCCCUCCAGGUGUAGUGGUGUUGAACACUUUAUUUUGGAAGUUAUUGGGCGCCUCCCUGACAUGGAGAUGGUGAUCAAUGUACGAGAUUAUCCUCAGGUUCCUAAAUGGAUGGAGCCUGCUAUUCCAGUCUUCUCCUUCAGUAAGACAUCAGAGUACUAUGAUAUCAUGUACCCUGCUUGGACAUUCUGGGAAGGGGGACCUGCUGUUUGGCCAAUUUAUCCCACAGGUCUUGGACGGUGGGACCUCUUCAGAGAAGAGCUGGUAAAGUCAGCAGCACAGUGGCCAUGGAAAAAGAAAAAUUCUACAGCAUAUUUCCGAGGAUCAAGGACAAGUCCAGAACGAGAUCCUCUCAUUCUUCUGUCUCGGAAAAAUCCAAAACUUGUUGAUGCAGAGUAUACCAAAAACCAGGCCUGGAAAUCUAUGAAAGAUACCUUGGGGAAGCCAGCUGCUAAGGAUGUUCAUCUUGUAGAUCACUGCAAAUACAAGUAUCUGUUUAAUUUUCGGGGGGUAGCUGCAAGUUUUCGAUUCAAACACCUCUUCCUGUGUGGUUCACUUGUUUUCCAUGUUGGUGAAGAGUGGCUCGAAUUCUUCUAUCCACAACUGAAGCCAUGGGUGCACUAUAUCCCAGUGAAAACAGACCUCUCCAAUGUCCAAGAGCUGUUGCAAUUUGUGAAAGCAAAUGAUGAUAUAGCUCAAGAAAUUGCUGAAAGGGGAAGCCAGUUUAUUAUGAACCACUUGCAGAUGGAUGACAUCACCUGUUACUGGGAGAACCUCUUGACUGAAUACUCUAAAUUCCUGUCCUAUAAUGUAACAAGAAGGAAAGGCUAUGAUCAGAUUAGUCCCAGAAUUUUGAAAACUGAACUCUAGUGGUUGUGGUACCAUAUCGUCUCUAUGCCUGCAGAUUGCAGAUGUCCUAUGGUGAGAAGCUUACCAUGAGUGUGGCACCUGUACCUUGAAUACCAUUUAUCAAGCCAAAUAUCUCUUUUUCCUUAUCAUGCUACACCCAGUGCAACUCUUAAGAAAGAUUCAAAAUGUGUAUAAUACACAGAUAUGAAGCAGCUCCACCCUUACACUGAAGGAAGAGAAAUCAUGAGAUGUGUAUUUUGAACCUGAUUCUACCGUUCAUUGUCUUACAACCAAUCACAGUGUGUGCCUCAGGUCAUCUACUUGUGUGUGUUCAUCACCGUGAAAUUGACUCUGUCCAUUAUGAAGAUGCCUCGUGUGCCAUCAUCUGAAGCAGAAGAUUCAUUUGGAACUAGUGCAACUCAUCUUCACAGUUCUCAAGUUAUUCUAGAACUGACCUCUGUUACUUUAGUGGAAACUGUGAAAAAUACUUGGGGAUCAUUUCCUUAAAGGCCUAAGGAAGCUGUUGUUGUGCCAUGUAAUGAUGUAGGAGUUAUUGUUUAUAAAGGCAUAAACUCCGUGGUACUCAGGAGGUUUCUACAAUGACACAUACAAAGGGACUGAUUGCAUGAGUAAUUGCAAUUGGAUUUCAAGUUUCCUCUUUGUGCCUUCAUGCCCUUCUUAUUUACAAAGAAAAAGACGAGACAACUUCUUAAUAAAUUUAGGAAGUAGUUCUCACUUUGUAAAGAACUGCGAUAAGAACACCACCUCUUAACCUUUGCACACCCAUAUUUUUCCUUCUUAAAUUGGCAGUGUCAGGGGCCAACAUUGUGGUGCAGUCAGUUAAGGCACUGCUUGCAACCUGGCAUCCCAUGUCAGGGUGCUGGUUUGAGUCUCAGCUGCCCCACUUCCAAUCCAAUUUCCUGAUAACGUGUCUGGGAAGGCAGCAGCAGAUGACCCAUGCCACCCAUGUGAGAGAUCAGGAUGGAGUUCCUGGUUCCUGACUUUGGGCUGGCCCAGACCUGAUUGUUACGGCCACUUGGAAGUGACCCAGCAGAUAGAUGAUCUCUCAUUCUCACUCUCUCUCCCUAUCUUCUCCUUCCCUCCUUCCAUUCUUCUGUUGCUCUGCCUUUCAAAUAAAUAAACCUUUAAGAAAUAAAACAAGGCCGGCGCCGCGGCUCACUAGGCUAAUCCUCCGCCUAGCGGUGCCGGCACACCGGGUUCUAGACCCGGUCGGGGCGCCGGAUUCUGUCCCGGUUGCCCCUCUUCCAGGCCAGCUCUCUGCUGUGGCCAGGGAGUGCAGUGCAGUGGAGGAUGGCCCAGGUGCUUGGGCCCUGCACCCCAUGGGAGACCAGGAAAAGCACCUGGCUCCUGGCUCCUGCCAUCGGAUCAGCACGGUGCGCUGGCCGCAGCGCGCUGGCCGCGGCGGCCGUUGGAGGGUGAACCAACGGCAAAGGAAGACCUUUCUCUCUGUCUCUCUCUCUCUCACUGUCCACUCUGCCUGUCAAAAAAAUAAAUAAAUAAAUAAAAAAUAAAAAAAGAAAUAAAACAGCAGCAGCAAAGGUCACCUUUAAGUGCUGUGCAGGGACCACAAGAAGUCUUCAUAUGCAAGCAUGGCAUUAAGUCGGUAGUUUAGAGCAUUCAACUUAUAUAGGAGGUGUUUGUUUUACUGCAAGUCCAUGUUGGGGUGCCUCCCUUUUCCUUUUUUACAGUUUUGAAUGAGACAUUUGGUUAACAGUUUAAAUCUCAAGGUGCUCUCCCUGAUUUUUUUUUAAAAAUGAUAAAAACUUAAUUUUAAACUCUAUAGUCUGAUGCCCUAGGGCCACUCUUGUCCUUUCAGCCCAGUGUUUCCACAGGUGAAUCCAACUCUUUCUUUGCCUCUUUAGAAGUACUUGAUAUUAGCUGAUUUCAAAAUUAGCAAAUGUGAGAUUCAGCCACAUAAAACAGAUUUUAUUUCAUUUGUCAGAAUAUAUUUGUCAUUUUUUAACUCUACAGAUUCUUCAGUCUAAGGACAUUCUUAGAGGUCUUAAACAUCCUGGUAAGAUGUUUGCAUGGAAUAAUGCAGGUGUUUAAGAUUUUGUUCUCAGGUUCUAAUUUUUUUUAAUUUUCAUUUUUUUAAAGAUUUAUUUAUUUAUUUGAAAGAAUUACAGAGAGGCAGACAUGCAGAGAGAGAGGAAAAGGUCUUCCAUUUGCUGGUUCGCUCCCCAGAUAGCCACAACGGCUGGAGGUGGGCCCAUCUGAAGCCAGGAGCCAGGAGCUUCUUUUGGGUCUCCCAAGUGGGUACAGGGGCCCAAGGGCUUGGGCCAUCUUCUGCUUUCCCAGGCCAUAGGGGAGAGCUGGAUCUGAAGGCGAGCAGCUGGGACUCGAACCAACACCCAUAUGGGAUGCUGCCAUUGCAGGAGGUCCCCCCUACUAUGCCACAGUGCUGGCUCCUAUUUUCAUUAUAUUUGAAAGGGAGAUACAGAGGAAGAUUGUCCAUCUACUGAUUUGCUCCCCCAAUGUGUGCACACUGGGGCGGUCAAGCUGAAGCCAGGAGUUUAAUCCUGGUCUCCCUUGUGAAUGGCAGGGACCAAAGUUCUUGAGCCAUCAUCUGCCACCUCUCAGAGUGCACUUUAGCAGAAAACUGGAAUCUGAAGCAGAGCAAAGAUUUGAACCCAAACAUUCCAGUGUAGAAUGUGGGUGUUUCAAGCAGAGUCUACUGCUAAGUCAAACAUCCACCCAUUUUGUUUGUGUUUUUGAGUACUAACAAUUCCCAAGGACAGGUCCUUGGGUGCUGUAGGUCUAGCAAUAGGCAGUCCAGAUGUCUGAGUUGCUUUGUCCCCGUGAGGCCCUGUUAGAUGUAAUUCUCUCUGUAAUUUAAUUUUCUUCUCAGUUAAAUAGGAAAAUUUGCUGCCCUUUCUAGUAGAGCUUAAUUUCCCUGGAAAUGCUUCCCAUUUUGCUUCAAGUUACAGUUCAAACAUCACCUCUCUGAAUUCUUUCAUUUUUCUAGGCAUUUAAAUGCUACAGUAACAUUUUGCUCAUGCCUGUAUUAUAUGAUAUCACUUGGCACUGUAGUUAACUGUUUCUCCUACUCUUUUGUGUUCUUACUGGGGGGUGGGAAUCAUGUUUUGCUCAUCUUUUUUUUUUUUUUUUUUUUUGGACAGGCAGUUAGAGAGAGAGACCGAGAGAAAGGUCUUCCUUCCGUUGGUUCACCCCCCCAAAUGGCAGAGUUAGACAGUGAGAAACAGAGAGAAAGGUCUUCCUUCCGUUGGUUCUCCCCACAAUGGUGACCAUGGCCGGCGCACUGCGCCAAUCUGAAGCCAGGAGCCAGGUGCUUCCUCCUGGUCUCCCAUGCAGGUGCAGGGCCCAAGCACUUGGGCCAUCCUCCACUGCCUUCCCAGGCCACAGCAGAGAGCUGGACUGGAAGAGGAGCAACCGGGACUAGAAUCCAGCGCCCCUACCAGGACUAGAACCCGGGUGCUGACACUGCAGGUGGAGGAUUAGCCUAGUGAGCCGUGGUGCCUGCCUACUCAUCUUAAUAUCUGUUUUCUAGUACAGUGCCUCUCUAAGAGUAAAUACUAAAGAAUUGUUGGAUGGAUAGAUGGAUGGAUGGAUGGAUGGAUGGAUGGAGACAGUUGGUUUAAGUACACUCUAUUUACAGAUCACCCAGCCGUGGGUUCCAGGGGCGAUUGAAUAUCAAUGCAAAGCCUCACUUGCCCUUUGAAGAGUCUAUAAGGGCAUCAUUUUUCUUUGCAGCACAUUCAGAUUUUCCACUUGUUUAUCCAUUUACCUCAGUGUACUUGGUCUGAGAAUGGUAACAAUGUAUACAAUGGUAACAAUGUAUAUUUUUGAAAAUAAUUUGUAUCCCCACAACUUUUGAAGGCUUUUGUUAUUGUCAUUAAUAACAGCUAAGUCUCAAACCUA